UCUUGUGUCUGUCGGUGAGCUUCUUUUCCCCUACCCUCUCACACACACACCAGGCUCCCAUCUCUGCACUGAGGACACCCCAGGGUGUGUGUGAGAGAGACAGAGCUAACGUUUGGUGCUGGAUCUUAUAUACCUAUUAUCCCUGACUCAAAGAACGAGCCACAUUUAGCCUUUCCUCCACACCUCACUGGGAAGAAAUCAUGACAGGCGCAGCAACCAACAUGCGGCUGAAGCUGCCGAUCAUCUGCUUCAUCCUGGAGAUCAUCCUCAUCAUCCUCUUCGGCGUGUUGGUGGAGUAUGACGAGGAUACGGACGCAAGGAAGUGGCAUAGUCACAACCACUCGGAGUAUGACAACGAGUUCUACUACCGCUACCCAAGUUUCCAGGAUGUGCAUGUGAUGAUCUUCAUCGGUUUCGGCUUCCUCAUGACCUUCUUGCAGCGUUACGGCUUUAGCAGUGUGGGCUUCAACUUCCUGAUCGCGGCCUUCUCCCUACAGUGGGCCACACUCAUGCAGGGCUUCUUUCAUGGUCUGCAUGGAGGCAAGAUCCAUAUCGGGGUGGAGAGUAUGAUCAAUGCUGAUUUCUGCACUGGGUCUGUGCUCAUCUCAUUUGGAGCCGUUUUGGGUAAAACCAGCCCUGUCCAGCUGCUGGUCAUGGCAAUGUUCGAGGUCACACUGUUUGCUGUGAAUGAGUUCAUCCUGCUGACUAUUUUGGGGGCCAAGGAUGCUGGGGGCUCCAUGACCAUCCACACGUUCGGAGCCUAUUUCGGUCUCAUGGUGACCAGAAUCCUGUACCGGCCCCACCUGGAUAAGAGCAAACACAAGAACUGCUCAGUCUACCAUUCUGACCUGUUUGCCAUGAUCGGUACCAUCUACCUGUGGAUGUUCUGGCCCAGCUUCAACUCUGCCAUCACAGCUCAUGGAGACGACCAGCACCGCACAGCCAUGAACACCUACUACUCCCUGGCAGCCUGCACUCUGUCCACCUACGGCAUGUCCGCCCUCACAGCACACGAUGGAAAGCUGGACAUGGUCCACAUCCAAAAUGCUGCCCUGGCCGGUGGAGUCGCAGCGGGAACCGCUGGUGAAAUGAUGCUGACACCUUACGGCUCUAUGAUUGUUGGUUUCUUGGCCGGCAUCAUCUCCGUUCUGGGCUUCAAGUACCUCUCACCCAUCCUUGAGGAAAAACUGAAGAUCCAAGACACCUGUGGGGUUCACAACCUGCACGGCAUGCCCGGUGUCCUGGGCGCUAUUGUAGGAGCUGUCACUGCUGCUGUUGCAAGCACGGACGUUUAUGGAAAUGGUAUGAAAGAUGUGUUCCCUGAUGUGGCAAAAGGAGAUAUUCAACCGUCUGCACAGGGCGGUCGUCAGGCCAUAUCCCUUGCUGUCACCUUCGGCUUCGCCCUGCUGGGAGGGCUUAUUGUUGGUUUCAUUUUGAAGCUGCCUGUCUUUGGUACUCCUCCUGACACCAUCUGCUUUGAGGACAACAUCUACUGGGAGGUGCCUGGAGAAGAGGAGGGUCACGAGGGCCAGUUGACCGCUGUGAGGGCCGAAGAGUCUCAGAAGCUUGACAGUUAGAAUCAGACACACACACAUACUGAGGUUUUGAUAUCCAAGCACUCCAGUAUUACACCCUUUAGGUUGUAAAAAAUAAAAAUGUUCCUCAUGUCAACUGCCAAAUGACUGUUUUUAUGUGUAAAACUUACAUGUACUUAUUUUCCUGCCAAAAUGAAAGAAACUCCCUUUUACAGGUUAGUGACAUCUUUGACCACUAGAGGUCAAACCAGAGCUAUGUUGCUCUGAGCUACAGGCCUGUGAAGGGACUGCAUUGGGAAAUGAUGUUUCUAUUUGAUGGAGGACAGAAUUUAAUUUCAGCAGCCAGUUCAAACCAAAGACAAGCAGAUUCCUUCAGAGACAGAAUCUUCUAUUCAAUACAACUGAGCCAACUGAGUCUUAAAAUGGGUUACAUUUUAAUAGCAAACUAAAUUUGUUUUUCUUUAUUUUAAAUAAAGGAUUUUAUGCAAAACAA